CGCCAGCUGGGCAUGCCGAGGGGAGCCCAGCUCAACAGCUUAAACGUGACGAAAUAAGCCACGACCCCAGACCAGGCAGCUGUAAAUUCGUCCACAUCCCCAACCCCAACUCCAUCUUCAAGUGUCUCACCCAUACCCUUUGAACUCAUAACGUGUAUAAAUUACUUGCCGCGUCAUCACUCUUGCUUUGCCCUGAUAUCGCAUUCAGCCAAAGCAAUGCCACCUUCGUCAUCAAACUCAGCCGCUGCGUCGCGAAGCGCAAGUCGACGACUGAUAAAGGAGCUGGAUACAUGGAGCACAGAGCAAAAGGAAGAGAAGGGUAUCGAACGUCUUGGGCCAGUCAACGAGGGUGACUUGAUGGAGUGGGAGUCCGUCAUCAAUGGACGAGAUAUAGGCCACGGCUACGAUGAGGGGCGCUGGCUCAUCAAUAUUUCUAUCCCAUCGACUUACCCCCUCGCACCACCAAAGAUGACGUUCGUCACUCCCAUUGUUCACCCGAAUAUUGCCCUUCAAACUGGCGAGAUCUGCCUCGACCUGCUCAAGGACGCAUGGACACCUGCGUAUAGUGUCUUGGAGUGUGUUCGAGCCGUGCGCAUGUUGCUGGGCUGCCCUGAGACUGAUAGCCCACUCAACGUGGAUGUUGCGGCCCUGUUACGUUCCGGUGAUGUGCUUGGUACGAGGAAGCUAGUCGAGUUUUGGUGUCGGGAUUCUGAUGGGCGAUAUGAGGGGCCUUGAAAUGUUGGCUACCUGUGGAAUUUGCACCGGUUGAAGAUGGUGGGUGCGCUUGAAUUCAAGGAGUGCAUUAUGGAGUUUUGAUUCGAAUGGAAAGUUCAUUGAUAUACCUAGGUGUUAGGGUAGGAUGUUGGAUGUCAGAUUGGGUUUACGGAUGUUCAUGAAUUUAUUGUUCGAGCGGUAUCGCAUGAUUCUCAGUAAUAAUAUUGCAAAUACGAACUCAAUUUGAGCAACAACAUCCACGAGAGGACAAUUUAUUUGAGAA